GAACAAAUGCUAAGUAGGAAAAAAGAAAAAAAAAAUCAUUAUUGGAUCGGAUUGUGUAAUUGUUGAUUUAAAAAUGAUAUUCAAUAACUAUACAAUUCAUACCCGAUAAAAAAUUAUCAAAUCGGGUACCUAAACCAUUAUGAUUAUCGAAUCCAACCCUUAUUUACGAGUAUUUUUUUAAAAUGGCUAUUGUAAGGGAAAAAAACCCAUAGCCCACUCUCACUCUCACAUUGAAGCGCCUUCUGAUAUUUCAAUCCUCCAUUGAAGCAGCUUCUGAGAUUGAACUAAGCAAUACCCGUGUUCCAAUUUGGAUAUCUAUCAAUGGCGAAAAGGCCAAUUCCAUGGAAUGAUCAGGUAGAUCUUGUGUCAUCAGAUGAUGAAGCAGCAGAUAUGGAGGCAGAUGAUGGUGCCUCUGACCAAAAGCCCGACAUCGAUGCUCUUAGUUAUCAACCUGCCGAUGAAAAAGAUUCUGAAGGGGUCAUGGUGAGAAGGGCAAAAAUAUACCAGGAGUACAUGAAAAAGGUCCCCAUUCCAUGCCAACGCGGAUCAGUCAUACUGUGUUAUUCAUGGAUGGGAUUAGCCAAAUCAAUCAAGGAGCUAUAUGGGCAGCCACUGCACUACCUCACAAACACUCUCCUAAAACAGUGGGAUCAAGCAAGAUUUGAAACCGGUGAUGAGUACCAGCCAUUGGACACCGUUAUUCAUCCUCUUAAAGCAGAAGCAACCAUCUGGUUUGUGGAGGAAGUUCAUCGCCGCACAGCUUCAUACCAUCAACUGUCAAAACUCUGGCUGGGUGAUCCAAUGCACCAUGCUUAUGUAGAUGCUAUCUUCCCAAAAAUAUGAAAUAUGGCUGCUUCUAACUUGUUGGUAAUGCUGCACUCGCACUAGGUGUAUUAAGUAUAUUUGUUCGGUGCAUGAAUGUGAAUUCUCUGUACUGACUUUGAUGAAGAAGUGUAUGCUGCUGCAGGACUUGCAAAAUUUAGUUUUGGCUCUGAAGUAGCCUGCAUGGUCUCGUUACUUCCCCUUCUUUCAGUGCAUGCCUAGUUACCGAUCUUAUUUGAAUAAUCUUCCUUUAACACGAAUACUCAGUGUAUUAAGUAAAUCUGGAUGAAAGUAAUACGAGUAUAUUACUAUAGUUGAUGAAACAUUGAACGAGUUUGCCACGUCGUAGUGACCUCAAAGGAAGGGCAUAAAAACAUAUAAAAUAAACCCCAUCGAGACCCGUAUUUUCGGGUGUAGGGGUGCAGCAUGUUGAGUGAAGCGCCCCUUGAAUAAAUGUACAAAAGUUUGGCUUUGGCAUGUUGAAUGCUGUAUAGACAGGCUAAUUCAUGCAUCUGUAGGCAAGAGUAGAUUUCCUUAUAUUUUAAUAAUUUUUUCUUGAAUUCUAAAAUUAAAAUCUGUAAAGCAUAAACAAGUGAAAGUUGACCCGUAUAAUCGACUUUAUUACUUGAAUAUAUGAAUGAUAGUGGAAAGAUAAGAGCAAUUGAGCAACACUUGCGUGGACCUGGUCCACAAUAAUAUUAUUUUUAAAACCGAGCAUGACUCCAUUACCUAAUCAAGUAUUCCGUAAUAAAUUACUCGUAUCACACACAUGGCCCAACACAAUCCUUUCCUUUGGUAUACUAGUAAUUCACACAAACACACUUCCUAAGUUCCUAGGCAUAUACUUCUGCUGAUUCCCCAAGACUUCAUACUCACUCCCCCACCAAAGUAAGUUACAAAUUUCCCAAAGAAAUACUUGUCUUUUAACAUGGUAAUUCAAUUAUUGUCUUUUACAACCCGUUAUUGAAUUGAAUAAUUUUUGAGUGUUGCUGAAUUCUUCUCACUGACAACUGAGAAGCUCAUUUAGGAGAAAGAAUGUCGUCAAUGGCGACGGUUUUCUCUCACUACCCUUCUCUUACCCCUCAUUUAGCUAUUUCCCAUGUUUGUAAACCACGUUUUCUGAAGCUUUCAAGCUGCUUCAAUGGAGUUCAUGGUGCUUUUCCUCGCAAAAGGGUGCUUCUUUCUGCUACCCAUUUCUCCAAAUUUUCAUGUUUUCGUGUCAGAAGUUUUCAGCCAGAAGAUACAGGGGUUAAUGAUGCUGCAACCACUGGCAAUUCCUUGAAUGAAGGUGUAAAGUUGAAUGAGGAGGUGUUCAAAGGCCAGCAAGAUAGUGGGAAAGGCAGUUCAUUUUUGGCAAAAUUGGCAAUUGGCCUUGGAGUGGUUGCAACUAUCACCUUCUUGUCUAUUGGUUUCAAGCAGCAAAAUUUGGGAACUUCCCUUGGAAUUGAAAUCCAACGUCUGUCUGAUAUUUCAACGUCUUCAAGCUUGGCCGCAUCAUCUGUUGGAUUCUCUUUUAAAGCAUUUGGUUACAGAGUUUUACUUCCAAAGUAUGCUCCAGGGUGGAUCUACUUCUUGUUGCUCAUGGCUGCUGGAUGUGGACUUUUCAUCAGCGAAGAGGCUUUAAAUAUAUGGGUUGGCAUAACAUUGGCGCGGAAAUUAUGUUUGGAUGGUACAUGGCAAUCCUUUGCUGCAUCAUUCUCCAGUAAUUCUCCAUAUAUAAUCUCUACAGUUUUAUGGGUAUACUGGGGAGUUUGCAUCAGUGAUAUGAUACCAUUUUACAUUGGGAAGCUAUUCAAGCAAUCUGGAGCUUCUGAUGAUUUGUGUUCAAAGUUAGGGGUUAGCAAAGAGAAGGCAAUGAGCAUUACACAAGCUGUUCAAAGAUAUGGAAAUCUUAGUGGUUUUGUUGAACGAUUUUCUCUUGGAGUCAGAAAUCCAACAGCAUUCCUUGCAGGAGCCAUGGGUAUUUCUCCUGAGUGUUUCUUUGUUGGUGUUUGCUGUGGUAGUUUGAUCACCCUACCUGUUCAGCUGGCUAUCGGGUUCUUAUUAAGAGAACGUCCUCUUUUUGCCUUAGCUACUGUUGCUUCUGUGGUGGGUAUCUGGACUAUAUUUCCAUACGCUGUUGCUGCUUCAACGGCAUUGUUUUUCUAUUUGCGACAGAGAUACUCUUCUUCAUAGGCCUUAUAGAAUUGAAGAUCAACUGCUUUUUGUGGGCAUGAAAACGCUGAGCCCAUACAAUCUUCCCUGGCAGUUUUGGACUACAGAAUAGCAGAAUGAUGCAUCUUACAUACAAGUAGGGUGGAUUGGAGAGCAGAUACUUGUUGAUGGUAAUUCAAAUCAUUUGUUUAAAAUUAAUCUCUUAAUUAUUUUAUUCUAUCCCUCAUAUAUAUAUUGACUGCUGUAAAUGGUGUUAUAUAUAUAAGUAACAAAGAAAAUUCGAAUGCAAUUAUAUUCAAGUGAUAUAGCAAAAAUCCUUCACUGUAAAUCCAUGCAUGGGUGGCUAGAUAGAAUCAUAGAAGUCUGAGAUUAUAAAUCUCAGAGAUCAUGAGAUCUGUAAACUUUCAAUACUUCACAUUUUAAUGUUAAGAGUAGGCAAUUCAUGCCUUUUUAAUUAAUAACAAAUGGUUAUGAAAUGAAAUUGAGUUGAUUAAUGACAUGAAAACAAUUUCUCCUUCCUCGAGAUUUAAAAAUACACAUACACAUAC